AUGGCCGAUAUUGUUCCUGUUGAUAUCCGAUGCGUAAUCCACAAUCCAGUUCUCUCCAACCCUGACUGCCUGGCUAUUCUAUCAUCUGUCACUACUCUCUGCUUAGAUCCCUCGUUUAUGCAGAGUGAUACACUUUUACUCCGAGGAGGAGAAGCUGCAUAA